AUGGCCUCAGAGCAGUCAGAGCAGUUUUCUUAUGAAAUCGAAGGCAUUAAUGUGGAUCUGCCAGUGAGGCCCUAUGAUGUCCAAAAGGAAAUUAUGUCUAAGGCAAUCAAGACCUUCCAAGAUUCAACAAACUGCGUGAUAGAAAGUCCAACAGGUACCGGAAAGACGCUGGCUCUCCUGUGCAGCGCAAUAGCUUGGCAAAAAAAAUACACAAAAUUCGAGACGCAGGACAAUAAACGCACAAAAAUUUCGGAAAGACAUCCUACCAUCUACUUCGCUUCGCGGACCAAUGAACAAGUCAAUAGCGCCUAUAAUGAAUUCAAGCGAACUAGUUACUUUAAAGACACGAGCCGAUCUAUAUUGUCUAGUCGAGAAAUAAGUUGUUUCAAAGAACUUGAUAGCAGGCAAGCAAACUCAAAAGAUGAGAUGUGUCUCAAGUACAAGAAUUCCUGCAACUAUUACUACAACUACGAGCAACUAUUGGACAUGGGCAAGUGCAUGCUUGACUUAGAAGACCUGGGGCAAGUAGCAAGGAAGAGGGGUGCUUGUGCUUACUUCGGUGCUAUCGAAUUGGCUAAAAACGCUGAUAUAGUUUUCUGUACACAAAAUUAUAUUAUAGAUCCUAAAAUCAGGCAAAAGCUUCAAAUAAAUCUUAAAGAUGCUAUUAUACUGCUGGAUGAUGCUCAUGACGUAGAAAACAAAUGUCGCCAAUCAGCCUCUGUUGACUUCACUAGCGACGACAUAAAUGCUGCCAUUGACGAUCUUGCUGAUUCAGGAGAGGCUUAUCAAGAACUGGUUUCAAUGUUGAGAACGUGGUAUGAUUGGGCAACGGAGCAACAAACAUUGCGAGCCCAUCGACUGCUACUUCAAUUAAGGAACGGUCAUCAAUUAUCGCAGGAUUAUUACAAAGAACUUAGGAGCGCCGCCUCGAGGAGAGUGAUCCGGUACAAAUCCCUUCUUCUAGUGGAGAAAGUCAUCACCGUCGUUGAUUAUUUACGAGAGGACACUUUUUCUUCCAACUUUAUACUGAAAGUGGUGGAUUCAAAGAAUAACACAAAAGUAAAAAUGGAGUGUAUGAUGCCUUCUAUAGUGAUGAAAAAAUUAAUAGACGAAAUGCCUCGUUGCGUCGUAUUGUCCUCGGGUGCAUUCGCCAUGGACAUUAAUCACCUACGUGCAGAACUUGGGCCUUAUUUUCAGAACCACUACCCUUUCACAGACGUUGUACAGGACAAUAGAGUUUGGGUUGGCGCUAUAGACACAACACCCAGAUUAAUGAUAACAAAUAUUAAUAAAAACCCAGAUACUGUGAAGAAACUCGGCGAAAUUAUACUAGGAGUGUGUAAGGUCACACCGCACGUAGUUUUGUGUUUCAUGCCGUCUUAUGCUUUUUUAAGAAGUAUGAAAAAUCAUUGGGAGGAGCCGUCACAACUGUUGGCUGAUAUGAAGGAAUUAAAACAUGUGAUAUGGGAGGACCAGAAUACGACAGCAGACGGACGGGAAUUUGAAAAUUACGUCGGUGGCAGUGACGUAUUGCUGUUCGCCGUGUACCGAGGAAAGUAUGCAGACAUGGAUUUUAAAGAUAAACCAGCGAGGGCUGUUAUAUGUGUUGGUGAACCUAUGCCUAAUACAAGCGACGUUCAGGAAAAAAUGGAUUUUAACAAUAGAAAUAUAUCUAAAGGCUUGCUUGACAAGGAAAAUUGGUUACAAGCACAAAUUUUCAGGGCGCUGAAUCAAGCUGCGGGGCGGUGUAUUCGCCACAAGGAUGACUGGGGCGCGGUGCUAUUGGUUAAUUGCGAAUUAAGCCAUCCUAAACUUGCCCCAUGGAUGAAAAGAUCGGUCAAUCGGAAUGAACAGACUGUCUGGGCCAGUCGUUUGGAAGAUUUUAUGAAUAGAAUGGCAAUAACUGACUAA